AUGGACGAACUCAAGAAACCACGUGUGAUGAUACCCGGAGACCAGAUCACACUCAAUCGAAACGAACCCUCCACAAAGACCGUCAAGCUCGGCCCGGGCUUACUACUGCUACCUCCAGCUCCAUCUUCAUCAUCGACUUCUCCACCUGAUCAAGAAAACCUGAUAGUUACCCGACUCGGCCUUCACGGACACACCCAAUCAGCCUCUGCAAAUCAGCAGCAGCUAUGGAUCCAAGGAAGGUCAAAGAGAUAUGUGGCGGCGCUAGGGGACCCCGUCAUCGGCAUCGUAAUCGCUAAACAUGCCGAAGGGUACAGAGUCGAUAUCGGCACUUCUCAACCGGCUUCUUUAGAUGGAUUAGCUUUUGAAGGGGCAACCAAGCGAACAAAGCCCAACCUGAAGAUCGGGGCAGUAGUUUAUGCCAGAGUCUCGUUGGCAUUAAAUCAUACAGAAACAGAGAUCGAGUGCACCAAUCCAACAAAUCAAAAAGCGGAUGGAUUUGGCGAAAUGACUGGGGGGAUGUUGCUUCGUCAUCUCGAUCUUACACAUUGCAAACAAUUGCUCUCACCACCUUAUAAACUCUUGAGCAAGAUCGGGGCCUCCCAAAAGUUUGAAAUCAGCAUCGGAAUGAAUGGGCGCAUAUGGUGUAAAUCUAAUUCAAUCUCAAGUACUGUCAAGAUUCUGCAGCAGAUCCAGAAACCUACAUAG